ACUCAUAGAUAGAACUAGGGCUCAUUCAAAUUGUGAUAAUUAAAUGAAAGUCAAUUACAGUCACUCAGAUCGCGCGAAAGCAUUUACUUAACGCUUUUAAUGAAGGUAUUUCCAAGUGACAUGACAACAGCCCCGUCAAAAUCUAAUAGCGUCCGGGAAUUGGAAAAAGUUUAGGCGUGAUACUAGUACAUAUAUACCGUUGGCGUGAUAGAAAAUUAUAAUGGGCCGAAGGAAUAGGACACGGUGGAUUAACUAGGUAGUAUUGUGCAGUACUGUGUUAGUACCUUUGUUGUGGUUAGGGCUCUGCUGCUCUAGCAAAAGUUAGACGGUAGUGUAGAUAACGUUAUGUGGCAUAGGCAGGCCGUGUUAUGAAUGAGGAGGCUCUGUUGGCACGGGCUUCCGAGGAGCGGGAGCGUAUCUUCCAGAGGUACGAGAGAGGUCGAGAGAACCUUUUUGGGCAGAUAGACCCCUGGGAAGAUCCUGAGUUUGAAGAGUAUCAUAAGACCGACAGGUAUGGCUUCAUCCACGAUGAGCGACUUCCACAAAAAACUGCGUCGCAAAAGGUCAACAUCGAGGUUGAAAGAGAAAAGAAAUGGGUCAAAAUGCUCGGCUCUUGGGACACCGCGGCGACAAAGGAGAAACUUCAUAGGCGCAUAUACAAAGGCAUUCCAAACUCACUCCGUAUAAAAGUAUGGUGCAAACUAUUAGAUGUCAAUCAAAUAAAGUCUGAAAAUCCUGGAAAAUAUAAAGAGAUGUUAAGAUUAGCCAAGUUAUGGUCUACAGAUGUUAGGCAGAUAGAUUCAGAUGUAAACCGACAAUUUCGUGAACACCAAUUUUACAGAGAAAGAUAUUCUGAAAAGCAAUGCUCACUGUUCAAUGUUCUUUGUGCAUACAGCAUGUAUAACUCUGAAGUUGGCUAUUGCCAAGGAAUGUCAGGUCUGGCUGGAGUAUUACUUAUGUACAUGGAUGAAGAAGAUGCAUUCUGGGCUCUUACUAUACUCCUGGCAGAAAAAAAAUAUGCAAUGCAUGGAUUAUACAUUGAAGGUUUCCCCAAAUUAACGAGAUUCUUGGAACAUCAUGAUAAGAUACUCACAAAGUUCAUGCCAAAACUAAAACACCAUUUUGAUAAAUUUGGUUUGGAUGCUAUACUUUACUCUCUCAAGUGGUUCUUCGUCUGUUUCGUGGAGAGAGUGCCAUUUAGCCUGUGUCUACGUGUGUGGGACAUUUAUUUGCUGGACGGAGAGAGGGUGGUAACCGCAAUGGCGUACACAAUACUCAAAUUGCACAAAAAAGCAAUAAUGAAGCUGAACGAUAUGGAUCUUAUUGUUAAUUAUAUUCAAGUUAAACUUCACAAAGAUUUUGGAUAUGAGGAUGACAUAGUUAUCUAUCAAUUGGAACGGUCGAUGGAGGAGUUGAAGAGAGCGAAGUUAGACUAUCCAGGUCCACCACCAGCUAUCGAACUGCCCAAAAGGCCGCUUGGUGUUUUUGUGGAGCCAGACAACAAGUCGAAAAUUGGACAACGAGCUGAGCAGUUCUCAGAAACUGAGAAACAAGCAAGAGCAACUGUGAUAUUAAGACGCGAGAAAGCUGCCUUGGACAUACAAGAGUUGCGGGUAUCCCAAAGCGACACAGUCUCAGAGCAUAGCGGCCUAGUGAGUGGCGUUCGGUGUGACGAUUCGGUGUCAGCGCUGGGAUCGCGGCGGUCUCUGGCGGAUACCAGCGUAACCAGCACAGCGGACCUGAGUGUGUUUUCGAGCGGCCGCUCCCAUGCGCCUGACAACUCCCUCGAUACGCACAGCAACGUCAGCGACGACGGCACUGGGUCAGAUGGAUCAGGUAUUUGCGGAAUGAGCAUACAGAGGGCGCCGUCCACAACGCAUUCUACGCCACGGGCCACGCCCCAUCCACUCUCGGUGUCACCUCUGUCCGACGAUGUUGUUCGCAUACAUGUCACUUAUAACCCGCUAUCCGCCAGCCCGUCACAUUUGCAACCAGUCAGCCCGUCGAAAUACGAAGAACACCACAAGCCGGUCUCUCUGGGCAUCUACAGCAAUGGUGCCUCGAACCUACCAUCUGACAACAGGAUCAGAAUCCAAGUUCCCUCUGAGGAACUGCUCACUCCGGUAGUUGAUGCCGGACGAAUCAUAACACAACAUUACAUCGACUCGCAUUUGGAAUUGUACGACCUUAAGUAAUACAGUUAGGAAACCAAGUAACGCCAUCUGGAAGUACUUAAUACUUGUUUGGGGCUUAAGUGACGGUGUACCGAAAACGAAAUGAAUAAAUUUUGAUUAAAAUAUUGACUUGUCAUCAGAGCAACGUUGAUCGUGGCCCGAUUGUCAAUUUUACCUCGUCGUUGUAUGUGAAAGUAACUUAACAAAGUACAUACUUUUUUACUUUUAGUAUGUUUCGGUAAACUGUCUCCUACGCCGCUGUUAAUGUUUCUCGAGUAGGUAUAAAACAAGAGGUACUUAUACUCAGAGUCAAAUUCGAAUAAACAUAGACCUGUAAUUAAUUAGGCUCUUAUCGAAUAUGCAUAGACUUAUUUAAUGUGCAUUUAAAAACCAAGAUAAAUUUUAAAUUAGAGGAUACAUAAUCUCGAAAUUGUUGUAAAUGAAUCUUUUCUGUAAAUUGUCACAUUAUGAAUGUCAAAAAGAUUUAUAGAAUUAUAAAAAAAAUGCGCACCACAAAAAUAAAGUAUAUUAGAUAUUUACUAGAAUGCAUUAGAUUGAAUUUAUGCUAUCAAAUAUAUUUAAUUCUCAAAAAGCAAUCUAAAUAAGCAAUAACUACACCACAUUUUAUAUGUUCGUUUAAUCAUGUUACUAUUUGUGUUUAUUGCCACAUUUGCUUUGUUAUUAGCACAAACGGUUUCUAGUUAUGUUUUGUCCUUAUAAUUAUGUAAAUGUACAUGAUCUGUUACGUCAUCGAUCUGUCUUCUAUAUUGCAAUUUUUGUUUUCAUACGAGUAUAAAAUAUACUAGUACAUUUUUUUGGCUAUGUGAUAGUGUUUACCACUGAAAUGAAUCUAUCAAACAGUACAAAAUGCUCAGUUAAGGAUACUCGGGUGUGACGGCACCUCUUUAGAACGGUUUCUGUUUAAGUGUAGAAUGACUUCAAGCAGUUGAAGUUGUUAUUGUAUCUCUAGAUUUAAAACAUCUCCCCGCAGUGCUAGAGGAUUUUAGACGCUAAUAUUUUUGCCUAUUCCUCGUGCUACUCAUGCCGGUGAUAUUAGCUAAAACAAUUUUAAAAAUAAUCUGUAUUAGAUUUCUAAAAAAAUUGUUACGAACUCGUGGCGUUAGGAGUUGAAACAAAUAUUCCUUAUUAUAAACCCCGUAAAUAAUUGUCGAAUAAUUUCUGUGUUGUCUAGAAUUAAUGUGUCGUAAAUGUAAGAAACGCACCGUUAAUCGUAUACAAAUAAAUUUAAAAGUUUCAUUAUUGACAAAUUUUAUUGAAAUCUACAGUGAGAAUUGCAAUAAUAACGUCUGUUUAACAGUGUGCGAGAAUUUAGUCUCAAGCUGUAUGUUAGUGUUAAUACAUAAAACGAAUUUUAUUAUGUAAAGUUAACCACGUGCUGACCUGAAUGUUAAUGUAGAUAAUAAGCUAAAAGAACUCGUCGAAAGGGCAGAAAAAAAGUUGUAUACUUCUUAAGUUUACAUCUUACGUAGAUUUUCACAUACGUAUCAGGACAAUAAAUGAUUAAUUUGUACAAUCAAUAGCCGAUUCUCACAUCAACAAGCAGGAGAACGGACGUGUGAGAUAUGCCACCUUAUAAUUUUGUGUAUUGAAGUGCAAAGCAUUUUAACAAAUAUUAAUAAACCACGUAUAUAAGUCACAAUUCUGUUGCAUAUUAGGGUCUUAAAUUUUUUAGGGUUACAAAUAAUAGCCUAUAGAUGGCUGGAACGAGGGCCGAAAGAUCUGUAAACACUUCACUUUUUGAAGGCAGAUCAUGUCAAAUGUCUAUAUUUGGCAGCUCUUAUCUGAAGUGGCGUCAAUCUAAUAUAUCUACUUGCAUUAAUGUGCUUCAAAUUUGGUCACCUCAUAAUUCUACUUUCGGAAUAUUGUAUUUAUUUGAAUAACCGUUCAUUUUAGAGCAAGUGAUUAAACUCAAGGUACUUCGCUAUGUGGCCCUAUAAAUAAUACUAUGUAAAUUAUUCAGCACGUAAAUAGUCGUCUGCACUCUAUGUGUAAUAUUAAAUGAUACGCGUUAAUAUAUGCGGCUGAUUGAAGUAUAGUAAAUAUAUUUUGUAACUUAUUUAUUUUUAACGAAUUAAAUUAGACGUCCAAAAUAUACGACAAAACCACUGUGCCAUUUUAUUAUUAAGAUUGUGGUUCAUAAGUUUGUGUCGUCAUAACCAGUCUGGCGACUUCCAUUGCUGAACGAAAAUUGUCAGAAAGCUAAUUUCUUAUUUUUGUAAUGGUUUUGUAUGUAUAUUUGCGCUUCAAAUUGUAUUUUAGCUCUUUGUAUGGAAAUUAAUGUGUAAUUAAAGUUUUUAUUAUUUAUAACGAUUACCACUUUUUUUUCUAGUUGUGUA